UUAAAUGUUUCAGUAAACAUACGUUGGCUUCGUAACGGUACUCUUAACUGUGGUCCUAUAUCUUAACAAUGCCAACAUUAUUUGAAUUAAAGUUCCCGGAUCAGUGCAAGACUCUUCCAGAAGGAUUUUGGUCUGCUGUGGAGGUGUGGAUAAAGAAACCUCAUGUUGUGAACAAACGCUUAUGCGGAGUUAAAGAGACAGAGAGGAAGGAUGUGGACUUCACAGAACUUGCACCCAUUCUACAAGGCCAAGAGAAAGAUGCCACAGAAUCCAAUGAUGUGUUUACUUUCUUGAGAACCAGUGGUGGUGAACUUGAACGUGGAAAAGAAGGACAAUGGUCUUAUAGUGUUAGAACAAUAAUCCCCAAAGUAAAUUGUUAUGGGACAACAGCACAUAAAGAAAUUAUACUCAGAGACUUUGACACUCAAAGAGUGACCUUCAUACCGACUGAAGAGGACACAGAGGGACAGGUAUCUCAUAGAAAAAGCAACAUAUAUCAGCUUCAGCUCCUUGCUCCAAGCUCUAAUGAAUGGGUAGUGAGACUACAUGUCCUUAGGCCAGAAGAAUGGUUCUCAGAUGGGGUAGCCUACCCGAAGCUACCCUGGCUCUCCACAGAGCUCCUGCCCAGACUGGUGCGUUGGGCCACAGAGAGUAGGACCAGUGAGUUCAAGAGCACCCUGUCUCUGCUGCCUGUAGAGAAGUACAGCUAUGUGUACCAACAACUAAAGGACAAGUACAGGGAAAUGGUCAAGGUCUGGCCUGAGGUGACCAACCCAGAGAAGUUUGUCUAUGAAGACGUUGCCAUCGCUACCUAUCUUCUGGUCCUCUGGGGCGAGGAGCGAUCUGAAAAGGGCCUCACUGACAAACAGUCGUUUGUGGAUCUUGGCUGUGGAAAUGGCCUUUUGGUGCACAUACUGACCAACGAAGGACAUCCUGGAAAGGGCAUCGAUGUGCGGAGAAGGAAGAUCUGGGACAUGUACGGAGCCCAAACACUUCUAGAGGAGACCGCGAUCACUCCCGGCGAUAGCUUCUUGUUCCCAUCCACAGAUUGGUUGAUUGGGAACCACUCAGACGAGCUCACGCCGUGGAUCCCUGUGAUGGCGGCGAGGUCGUCCUACUCCUGUCGAUACUUUGUCCUGCCUUGCUGCUUCUUCGACUUUUAUGGGAAGUACCAGAGGAGACAGUGUAAGAAGUCCCAGUACAAAGAGUACAUUGACUUCAUUACAGAGGUCAGCACAGCCUGUGGGUUCAUCACCCAGGAAGACUGCCUAAGAAUCCCCUCCACCAAGCGGGUUUGUCUGGUGGGAAAGUCGAGGACCUAUGAACGCUCAGACGAGCAACAGGCAGAUGAGCACAGGACUCUGUACAUACAGAGUCGCCAGGCUCGUUCUGGGACCACGGGUCAAGGGUCAAAUGCGAGAGGUGAAGUGGAAAAUGGCCAUGACGAUUCAGAGGCCUGCAGAUCCCAUGACAAUGACUGGGGCUCCGGGUUCCAGCCCAGAGAGAGGGUUGAGACGGUUCGGAACUGUGCCGCCCUUCCCCGGGAUUUCAUAGAUGGUGUGGUCCUACGGGUGGCUAAUGCUUUGCUGGGGUUAACCAAGGACGAAGACGGGGGGGUGCCAGUCGCCUGGAACCGAGGAGGGAGCCUGUCGGUGCGAGGCGUGGCGGAGACGCUGGAGCAGGAGACUCUGCAGGUGCUGAAGAAGGAGUGCGGGGGUCUUCAGACGCUGCUCAGGAACAACCACCAGGUCUUCAGAGUGGAAGGAGGGAUGGUCCAUAUCAGGGACUGGAGGACCCAGACCUACAGACCCAGGGGCCAUGGCACCGCAGCUGAGGCCAAGAGGAAGCCUAUGCCCCCUGGCGCCCUGAAGACGAGGGCUUGCUGGUUCCAUGCACACCACCCUCAAGGAUGCCCCCGGCAGGCAGAGGAGUGCGCCUUCGCACAUGGCCUAGAUGACCUACGACCUUCCACAAGACCCCUGAAGAAAUUGAAGACCUUUGCUUGUUGAUAGGACAAGGUCCUACGGCUGUGUGUGUGUUUGAUGAGGAUUUAGUUUUUCAUCUGUAUACAUUAAUGGUACUGUACAGUAUGGCAACUAUUUCAUCUAGUGUUUUCUGACUACUUUAAUUAAGACCAAUAAUCAAUUGUGAAGGACUGAGACGGCAGUCAACUACUCCAAGUGUUUCUAUUUCAUAAUUUGUUUAUUCAAUUUUUUUGGACUGUUGCAAAAAACGUGCGAUACACUGGGGCAUUUUUUUGGCAUAGUAAAUCCAGGGACAAUCCUCACUUUUCGGUCCUGCUUAUUUUGUACAGAUCGGAGCCAAAUAAACAUCCCAAAUAAGAUAA